AAGAUGAUUACGCAUUUAUGUGAAAUAUAAGUUCACCAUAUACGUAUUGUGCGCAUAUAUAUAUCGUUAGAUAUAUUGUAUUGAGAUAAGUGCGCAUGCGCACUGCGCCAUACUUAUCACUUAUGAAUCAGCUGAUGAAGGAAGAUUGUUGCUGGAAAUUUCAACAGUAUUGGAGAAAACGUUAAAAAAAUAUGUCGUUAAAUACCGCUCACGCUAACGGGGGCGUUCUAAUACACGCCGGAGAAUGCAUAUUAUUAUUUUGUGACAAUGUCACAAUGGAAUUCCAUGGACCAGAACAAGUGGAAUUUGCUGGUACCAAAUAUGGUAGAUUAUACCUGACCACCCAUCGAAUGAUUUUUAAUGCCAAAGAUCUCAAAGAAAGGAUGCAGUCAUUUAGUUUUCCUUUUAUAACACUAUGUGAUGUUGAAAUAGAACAGCCAAUAUUUGGUGCUAAUUACAUCAAAGGUAAAUGCCGUGCUCAACCAAAUGGCAAUUGGAUUGGAGAAUGCAAGUUCAAGUUGCAUUUCAAAAGUGGUGGUGCAAUAGAAUUUGGUCAAGCUAUGUUAAGAGCAGCAGCAAUGGCUCAGCGUAAUGGACCUGCAAAUGAUGCUCCACCACCAUACCAACCACCAACAUCAAAUUGGUACGCAGCUCCACCACCUGCUUACCAAGCAACACAGACUGGCUAUUAUGGGUGGCUUCCACAAAAUGAUGCAUUUUCACAUACUCCACCAGCAAACAGUGUAUAUAUGACGGAUAUGCCACCACCGUAUCCUGGUAUAAAUACACCUUAUCAAGGAUAUGCAAAUGCACCGCCACAAGGUGCAUGGGGCACUUCCAGUCAACAACCUAAUUGGACACCACCUCAACAAAAUGGAGCACCUGGGUGGGCUAAUCCAAGUUAUAAUGCCCAACCAAUGUCCCAAGCAGGUGCGUAUCCAAACUAUGGACAGCCAGCAUAUAACAGUUAUCCACAAAACCCUCCACCAUAUACUCCAUAUUCUCAAGGUAAUAAUUAUACACAGUCUGGCUAUUACCCACAACAAAAUCCUUACAAUCCAUACCCAUCUAAUUACUAAUUAUUAAACAUAUGAGGCUACAUGUUUUGUGUAUGCAUGUUUGUAUCAUACUUUAUCUGAAUAAUGGCCAAAUUUUCGAAAGUCUUUAAAAUAAAUUAUAAUAAAUGAAAGAUAAAAAAAUAUUAAAGUUAGUAUAUUAAAAGUGCAAAGAAGGAACAUAUGAAUAAACUUGUAUCUUAUACUAUUCUUUAUGACAUGAGAAUCAUAUGAUAUAAUACAUACACAUAACAGUGAAUAUCAAGUUAUUUUUAAAUAUUUGUUUUUUAUCAAUUAUUAUUGUAUAUUAAAGUAUUAUAUUUUUGCUGCUUCGAUCAUAUAUAGCUUUGUGAUGAUCAUUAUAAUACAAGAACAUAUUAUGUUAUUAAAAUUUAGCCAAAUAUAA